GUUAUAUAGUAUGUGGGGUCAGGAGUUACCUGCUGUUUCUCCUGCUUCUAUUGCCCACCUGUUCAGACAUUCCUGUGGCCUAGCCCCUGCCCUGCCCACCUGAUUCACCCUCCCUCUGCCAACAAUCCUCAGGGCAGAGUUUUAUGGUUCUGAUAAAGCCUUGCUAGGGCAAAGUCGAGAAAUACUUCCUCCUUGUCAGGGACCUGGGAGGGUCAGCAUCCCUGCUGCCAAGAUGGGAGUCAAGGGCGUGCCCUAGAGAUCCCCACCAGAGAGACCUUACGAACUCUCUCCCCUGCCAGCCACUCCCUCUAGUAUAAGGGGCACCUGCAAUCAGCCACCACUUCCCACACAUCUCUUCUCUCUGGACAAGCUAUCAGCCAGACUCUCAAAAUGGCCUAUGUCCCAGCACCAGGCUACCAGCCCACCUAUAAUCCGACUCUGCCCUACAAGAGGCCCAUCCCAGGCGGCCUCAGUGUCGGCAUGUCCGUUUACAUCCAAGGAGUAGCCAAAGACAACAUGAAACGGUUCCAUGUGAACUUCGCUGUGGGGCAGGAUGAUGGGGCGGAUGUUGCUUUCCACUUCAAUCCCCGCUUCGACGGCUGGGACAAAGUGGUCUUCAACACGAUGCAAAGCGGGCAGUGGGGCAAAGAAGAAAAGAAGAAAAGCAUGCCUUUCCACAAGGGCAAGCACUUCGAGCUGGUGUUCAUGGUCAUGCCUGAGCACUACAAGGUCGUGGUCAAUGGAAACCCGUUCUAUGAAUAUGGGCACCGGUUGCCUUUACAGAUGGUCACCCAUCUGCAAGUGGAUGGGGAUCUGGAACUUCAGUCAAUCAACUUCCUUGGUGGCCAACCUGCGGCACCCCCAUCUCAGGGAGCCAUGACGAUUCCAGCUUACCCUGGUCCUGGUUACAACCCUCCACAGAUGAACAGCUUGCCUGUCAUGACAGGACCCCCAGUCUUCAAUCCGCCUGUGCCCUAUGUGGCAGCCCUUCAGGGGGGUCUUACAGUCCGAAGAACCAUCAUAAUCAAGGGAUAUGUACUUCCUACAGCCAAGAACUUUAUCAUCAACUUCAAGGUGGGAUCAUCCGGAGACAUAGCUUUUCACUUGAACCCCCGCAUAGGUGACAGUGUGGUUCGCAACACCUAUAUGAAUGGCUCUUGGGGUUCUGAAGAGAGGAAGUUGGCCUACAACCCGUUUGGCCCUGGGCAGUUCUUUGAUCUCUCAAUCCGCUGUGGCAUGGAUCGAUUCAAGGUGUUUGCCAAUGGGCAGCACCUUUUCGACUACUCACAUCGGUUCCAAGCAUUCCAAAGGGUAGACAUGCUGGAGAUCAAAGGUGACAUCACCUUGUCCUAUGUCCAGAUCUGAGCUCCUCCUGAGGAAGGAAGCAGAAAGACCCCCAAGUUCCACCUAAGCCCCUCAGAAAAUGUUGAAGGGGUCGUGUGUGUGUGUGUGUGUGUGUGUGUGUGUGUGUGUGUGUGGUUCACUCAUCUCUCCCAUGUCUCCUGUGGCCCUGGCUCUUUCCUGCACUGUUCUUCGAGACAUGUGCCCUUCUUCCCUCCCACGACAAUAAACCGAGGUAUGCUC